AAACCACACGAGUUUCCUAGUCGGGGUCGGAUAAGCUGGUAGGUCACGGGGGAAGUGGUCACAAUCGAACUGCUCCUUUUAGACUUAUUUUUGUUGUAUUUUUACUUACUCCGAAUAGUAGACUAUUGCUAUGCUACGGAUGAGCUGAAUGGAAGGAGAAAUUCAAGCGCCGGAAUUAAUUAUAAGGUCGCAGGACAUGGAGAGAUCGCGGAGAUUCAAAAUCAAUAUGGCGGGUGAUGACGAUGGACAUGAGAUCCCAGCUCCAGGUUACAGUCCGGCCGAGGUUCUAACCGAAACAAACCAACCAGAUGAUCCUUCCACUGGGGAGGGAUCUAUUGGCUAGGAAGAUCUCUCUUGCUGAUGAAGAUUAAGUACGAUGUCCGUCCGUUAGUCAGUAACUGAAGAGGGGGUGGGAUCAGGGCAGGGGAGAAUGAAAACGAGAAAAAGGAAAGAAAAAGGUUUCAUCUAGAGGGAAUAAUUGGUCCCCGGCUUCCCAGAAAAGGAUGGACCGCCCUGUGAUCAUUCCAGUUCAGUAAUGAAGGGGUGAACGGUCAGCUCUUUUCUUCAAGAGCUUCUUUGAGACUCUAGUGUCUGAACACAGUGCAUACAUGGCAUCCACUAUGGUCUUUGAUCAACCCGGGCGUUCGUCCAUCCACCACUUCAUUGCUUUCUCUCGAGGUUAUCUAGCGCACCCCCCGACCGGGUGUUAUUUCCGUUACUGUAUCCCGACCUGGGAUUCGUUUAUGGACAGACAGGCGAUAGUCCAAUCAAGCAAGGCUCAUCCUGACCAGGUUCCUGUAGGGCCGGUACAUCGAAAAGGUGGGGAAAGAAUGCGCACAGGACGUUCAGACGUCGAGCGAUCAAGGAAAAGUCAAGUCACAUACCUCGAUUGACAGGAAAAGAAAAGACAAACGACUGCAUCAGCAUGACUUGGGCAUUCAGUGUCAUGCAUGUUAGGUAAGGUGGAUGUGUGUAUUCGAGUAUCUGCUAUACACACGCCUGCGCGCGCGCGCUGUGGGCAACCGGGCAGCCUGAACUCGUGUUGAUGAUUGGCGAGGCGUUUCCACGUGUUUUGAGCCCCGGCGAGUGGAUGUGGAAGUGGAAACUGAAGGCCGCCUCGACAUCGAGUCACUCUCUGGUUGAAGCUAGACAUAUCGAUACGAUAGGAUGACUUUGCAGUAAGGCAGGCAAGCAAGCACUGCACUACUAACUACUAAUCAGAAUGGAGUAGUACUAUCAGCUCCAUUAAACCAAGGAAUGGGCCCUGCAUUACUCUGUCGGAGUUACUACGAGGCGUAACAGA